CCUUUGUCUGCCUCGCCAUCCGCGUCUGGGCUUGCAGGUGCGAGGCGGCGUCCCUUCCCUUCCCUUCCCUUCCGUGUGGCCAUGGCUUCGCUCUGGUCCGGCAACGAGCGGCUCCGGAUCGGGGAGCGGCUCCAGGCCAGCCUGGCCGGGAUCCUGGAGCUGGAUCUGCUCCGGGAGAGGCAGAGAUCCGCCGUGGAGGGCGCCCUGGAGGGAGAGCGGGAGCCGCCGCAACAGGAAGAAAACAAGACCAUAUUGCAGAGUGUCGCUGCCAAAAUGGACUGGAGCAAAUCCGAAGAUGCAUUUGGGACAUCAGAAAACCCGGAGACGAAUCUCGGGGCUAUACGUGGUCAUGCUGUGGACAAAGUGUGCCUUGGGAUGAAAAUAAUUGGGGAACAGCUCCUGCCCCGCAAGAAAACCGGAGACAAUGCCCAGGAAAUAGUAGAGGGGGAUUCUAGGCCAAGCUCAGGGUUCUAUGACACCAGUGAAAUGGGUUCCCUGUCGGAUUCCUGUGCUUCUAUGCACAGCGAUGGGCCUUCGGGGUUGCCCUACGGCACUGGCUCCUUCCCUCACCUACCAGGAUUAAGAGAGAGCAGUUUUGCCCGUCCGCACUCAACGGAUGAAGCUGCUGUCCGCCUCCUAGACCUCCAAAUUCAGCACCUCACCUUGGCAGCAAACCUUCCCGAUGCUGUGAACAGGAGACCUGUAUCAACAGGAGACAUUGAGUUCAUCUUGGGCCUGGGAGACUUGUCCCUCUCGUUGCCAAAGAACCCAUGCCUCCAGUUGCUGCAGUACAAGGCAGACCUCGUAUCUUGCAACACCAGUGAAGUCUACCACUAUCCGAGUCCGUUGCAUGCAGUGGCCCUGCAGAGCCCACUCUUUACCAGCAGCCUCUCCCAGAGUUCAUCCCAGGAAGAUUUCGAUGAGGGGCCCUUGGAAGCUAUCCAGGCCGACUCCCCAAAGAGAGUAGGUCUCUGCUCCCAGGAACAGCGGAAGGUGCAGCUGGAUCAGUAUAUCGCCAAACUGGUGCUGCGCUAUAAGUGCCGCUCCAUAGCCAGCAGAACAGACAGUGGAUCUCUAGCAGGGUAUCAGAAGAGCCUGUCUAUGUCGUCAGUCUGCAGUUCUGUGCUUGGCACCGUCCAACUCCUUGCCCCGGUCCCUGGGUGGAAGAUCCGGCGACACAUUUCUACCCAUUCCCAUUUACGCUCUCCGGAGGACUCUGAGGGUUUACAGAAUUCUCAUAUCUUGGAUUUCUCUGGCUCCACUCAAUCCCACAUUACUAAUCUGGUGAAGGCAAAUGAACCGUCAGUGCUGUCUCUUCCCGAUCCUCUCUCAUGGUACCCAGAACCCAAAUUCAUCCCUUACCCAGUUGGUUCAGAGAGAGGACUUCUGGACUGGGCAGAUGGCAUCCCAAAGAUUGAGACUCCAUUCAGAAAGGUGGCCUCCUUGCCCCAAGAAAAGCUAUACAGAGGCAAACACAUUUCCCGGGAGUUGGUGAAAAGACCUGAGAGGCAGGAGAAGACGGCUGAGAGGAGUUGGUUGAGUCCACGGGAGUUGCUGAACCGCCUGAGCCUUCGCCGCCGGCCUUCCCCUCACGUAGGGAGCAUGUCCUGCGCCAGCUCAGAAAUGAACGUCAACGUCAUACGUCAUGGCGGCCUUCCAUCUAGCAAAGGCAAAUCCAUCAAGCCCAAAUGGACCUCUGUCAUGGAGAUCUCCAGUAGGACUCCGUAUCGACCUCAGCUAAGACGCCCCACUCAGAUACUGGCCCACCGCCUUGCCUUAUCCUCCGACUCGCCCAACUCGUUUUGCUUCUUGGAGGACUUUGAGCGGUCGCUUAACAGCAGCAUCAGCAGCGGCUCUAACCUGGCCAAGGUCGAAGCCACAAGUGCCAUCAACCUGAAUGGGGACUGGAUUCUCCAGCUUGGGGAUGAGUGGUCCCACGCCGCGGUCAGCUUAGACUCCGCUGACUUGCCGGUCCGCAGAGUCAAGCUCCACCGCAGCCGCUCCUUUAAGGAGUUCAAGAAGGCAAUGUCGCGUUCUCUUAGGGGUUCCAGGGUCACCAAGUGAUCCCCUAAACACAAGAUGAUUGGAAAAGUCUGGAAUAUCUAUUGUGAGAUAAAUGGGGGGGGGGGAGUUUCAUACUGUUAUAGGAUUGUAAGUUGUUUCCCCUCCCCUCCACAUUUCCCUGCCACACACGCAUGGCAAGGAGAGGACACAAAUAUAAGGUAAACCAUUCUGUUUGGUCAUAUGAACUGAAGUCUUGGGAUUCCUGUUAGUCUUAAACCAAAAUAGUGAAGCUCUGAUGCUCUUGGGAUACUUUAUUUGUGGGGGCAAAUUCUCAGUUCUUACCAUCUUGCAGCAGAAGUCAAUUGAAGGAACAGCGAGACCAUGGAAUAAAUUUGUAUUCUAAUAAAGAUCUCUUCUGGCA